AAAUAUAUUGGAUAUUGGAUAAGACAUGUACGUUGCACUGGAAUAACAAAAUAAAGAGCAGUAAUUAGAUACGUGCGUUACCUUUUCUUGAUGUGUUAUUUUUCAACUCUUGCUGGUAGUUCUAUGCUAAUAUGGCAAAGUGCAGUAUUUCAGGAGAAAAAUUCAUUAACUUUGUGUUCAGCCCUUGCAUCGGGUUGCUUGUUAGUCCUGAUGUUAAUGAACUGUGUCUGCGAGAUAAUCUGACGUUUGAGGAAUUAUUAAGGCCAUUUAGCCAACUGUCUAAAGAUGUAACGUUUAGAGACAACAACAACGUCAUCCAUUCUGUGAAAAAUUUACAGCUAAAAUUUUUUGAUGUCAAUUCAUGUCUUUCUCCCAAACACAUAACACAGUCUUGGGUGCGAUACUUUGUUAACAUUUGUUCUACAGAUAAUACUGUCAGGUCUCAGAAGUUUUGUGAUGGAAGUCGGUCUGUAGUCGUUCCAACAUCUCUUCCAUGGUUUGAAGCAUGGCGUUAUCUGUUCAUAACUAAUUUACAGCCAUUUGAACAUGAAUUUAUCAGUCACAAUCUAGCCUGUAUAUUUGUUUUGACAACUGCACAUCCUGAUCCGAUUCGGGGUUUUACUGAACUAACUCAGAGACAGUCCAAUCAACAACAUCAUCUUCCAGGAAGUCGUCCGUUUUGGUUUACAGAAAAUGUGCUUAAAUUUUAUGUAUUACUACAUGAUGGUUCGUCGAAUAUCAAACAAAGCUGUGUUGACGAAAUAUUCAGCCAAGUGAAAACUACGUUUGGCGCUCUCAAUUGUCAUUUAUUAACCAUCUUCACUUCAUCGUCUGGAAGUGAAAUUUUAAGUAAUAACAGUUGCGUACCAAAUCACUUAUUAUUUAACAACCAUUAUCAAGCUAAUGGAAUAAUCAAUCAACCGAACACACUAUCUACUAUCGUCCAUGCAUCAGAAAAUGAACCACAUUCCGAUCCUUGGCUGCAUCAUUUGCUACCACAUGGCUAUAAACCCCAGCUGGAUCAUAAAUUAUUUCCACCCAGAGAUGCACCGAUAAAGUCAUGUAAUAAUCAAAUAAUAAAUGGAAACAACGAUCCAUUGACAGUUGAGGACUCUAGGGAAGCGUUUGGUCAAUUAUUUGAUCUUGGUAAAACAUCAUCUCUUGAUACAUCUUGUUUAUCUGCUUCAAGCAUUAGCUCCCAGUCCUCGUAUACAUUUUUACCCAGUCGUUAUAGCCAACCACAUGGACAACAUUUAACACAAGCUGAUCGGGAUCGUAUACACAUGUUUGUUUAUGAUUUCAGUGUACGGGCUCUUCUCCCUUGGGUUGAGAAAACAAUGCGUAGUCUAAACGAUCAGAUUGCGCAUCGAAUGCGUCUUUCGCGUUCUUUCUUUAACGCCACUAAGAAAUUUUUUACUCAAGCUGUUGGUGGUGGUGGCAGCAACAACACUACAGUUAAUACUACAAAUAACUUAACAACUUCAAAAAUAUAUCCUAAUCCAUCGCCUAUCGAAACGUCGGCGAACUAUAUAAGUAAUCCGUGUAGCCCAAUAAAUCCUACUAUUGUAAAUAAUUCGAAGGGAGAAUUAUCUUCCAACACUAUAUUGACUCCUCAAAGUGUUUCAUAUGCAGCCCCAGCCAAUCACUCUACAAUUGUGUAUAGCCAAGAUUCACCUGAAUCUCAAAUGCGUCGUCUAGCUGAUUUAGCAUUUCUGUUUCAGCAAUAUGAAGUAGCCUAUCAGACGUAUAAUGUAUUAAAACGUGAUUUUCAAAAUGAUUCAGCUUGGUUACAUUAUGCUGGAGCUCAGGAAAUGUCUGCGUUAUCUGUUUAUCUUCAAGGUGCAACAAGCCAACGUCAGUAUCCAUAUCAUUUCAUGGAUUCAGCUGUAACUACUUAUCUUCAAUCUCAUUUAUCACCAGAACUUGCUUUACGAUCAACUCUGUUAAAUUUUGAAGCAUUAUGUAGUCGUGGUCUCUAUAAUGAAGCUUCUGUGGCAUUGAUUCGACUAACUUCAGACGAAGAUGAUCUUAUCAGCGGUCUCCUCAUAGAACAAAUAGCUCAUUGUGUUCUAUCACUGAAACGUCCAAUGUUAAGAAAGUUUGCAUUUCGUAUGGCAUUAGCAGCACAUCGAUAUGCCCGGGCCAAACAGCCGCUUUUGGCAAUACGAAGUUACAAAUCAGCUAUGCCAAUUGUUAUGGGUCAUGGAUGGAGUUUAUUAGAGGAUCAUAUAAAUUUCAAUGUCGGUAAACAAGCUUAUCUUAUUGGAGAUUUAAAUACAUCUUGUAAGGCUUUAGCAGAAACAUUGAAUUCAUCUAGUCGACAGUCUGCGGAACGUCAAUUGAUAUUUGUUAAAGAAUAUUUAUCAACAUUAACAAAUUUAUUAUCUAUUAGAUGUGAUAAAGAGCAAACUUUACCAGAAUUCCCUUUACCAAUUAUUGAUCUUCAUAAUUUUAAAAUCAUCAUUGGUAAACCAUCACAACAAUAUCAACAACAAGCUGAUCUAUUCGUUGAAGCUCGAGGUGUACAGUUUUCGGAUACUGAAGAUGAUGAAAUAGGGAAUGAAGAUAUUGGUGACGAAUUAACACCUUCAUCAUUGUCACAAGUCAUCGAGUGUGAGAAUAUCGAUUCGUUCAAUAAUGUAGAAUUUCAAAAACUCACUAAACACUAUCAUAAUUGGAUGGAGGCCACAGAUAUUAGCAGUAGCAGCAGUGAAGAAAGUUUGGUAGACGGUCAUCAUGUUGAUACUCGUUACAGAAACGGUGAUUGUUAUCCUUAUCAUGUGAAUGACAGUAAUGAUGAAUCUAGUUAUCGUGUUACUCGUAAAAAAAGUAUAUCAUCUCAAAGUAUGAUUUGUCAACGACUAGAAUAUAUUCUUUUGCAAACAACAUUACCAACUGAUAAGUCGAAGAAUUCUCAUUACUUCAAACGUGAUAAAAUUAUUUACACACCUCGUUCAAAGUAUAAACGAAUGCCUUCAUUUCCUCUUGGUGAACAUUUAACUGUACGAAUAACACUCAUUAAUCCUAUGCGUAUUCCAUUAGUUUUUACUAAUGUUCAUUUAUUAUGGAUAUUUAAAUUGACAAAUUCUAACACAGAUUCAUCAUCUUGUACAAUGAAUACAAUUGAUUCAAAUAUAAUAAAUAAUUUAUCUUCUCAUUAUCAUUUAUGUAAUAAUAUCAAUAAUGAUCAAGUAAUUAAUAUAACAAAUGAAAUUACAAUUCAUUCCAACUAUUCUUAUCCUCAUUAUCAACACGAAAAACAACAUGAAUUGAUCAAUCAAUUUGUUUCUGGUGAAACUAUAAGUGAAUUUAUUAUGUUACCGGGAGAACGAAAAAAUCUUCAACUUAGUAUAAUCGCUAAACAAUUGGGUCAGAUAACUAUAACUGGCCUAGGAUUUGAAUGGAGCUAUCUGUCACCUCAUCAAAAUAGUGUUGAAAAUCACAUUAACUCUAAUCAUUAUGUUGUUAAUUCACCAUCUAUUAUUGAAUCUGCGCCAAAUUUAUUUUCAUCUACCACAACAUCAAAAUCAUUCGACAACAAUCUGUAUAUUGAUGGUAAAAAUUCAUCAGUUACUGAUUCAAUGUGUACUAAUCUACCACCUAAUAUUACUACUAAUAAUGACAGUGUUGCGACUUCUAUUAGUGAACGUAAUUCUGUAAAAGGCAAAAUUCUAUUCAAUCAAAAAACGUGUAACAGUGUAAAUGAUAAUUCCAUGAUACGGCUACCGUUGGAUUGGUCAAUUACGCAUCCAGUUCCUUCUUUAAGAGUAUUUUUCAGCUCAUUCCCAAGCCAACUCUAUGAAGGUCAGAUAUGUUCAGUUCAAAUUUCACUAACUAAUAGUGGGUUAAUACCACUGACUAAUUUGCGUAUCGCAUCAAAUUGUCCAGGUUUAUUUGCGUUUGGUUCAAUUCCAUAUGAUCUGUCACCAAAUAAACAUAUUCAAUAUCUUUCAAUUCAGCCAUUAGAGCCAUGGAUUGAUGUUCCUUUUAGUCAGUCUUCUUUAAACAACAGUUACUGUACUGGUAAACAACCUUCUAUACUAAUGCCAGGUACAACUAUUACACAGAAAUUAUGGUUACGUGGUCCAUAUUUAACAUAUCCAUAUUCUCGUAGAAUGCAUCCUAAUCCGAAUUCACAUCGUUAUCCUCAGCUCAUUUCAGCUUUAUCAUCAUCAUUAUUAUCUAAUCAAAGUAGCUAUGGUAGUAACACUUCCGAUGUUGUAACUUGUGGUGGUCCUCCUACCGUUAGUACUACAAUUCCUGUAACUUCUACUAUAAACACCAAUACUGGUCUUUUACAUCAUAUACAGCAAAAAACUGUACAUAUUGUUUUUCAAUAUGAAUCCACUAACACUUUACGAAAUGAACAAAGGCAAAAACCAUUUUCUGGUUGUCGUUAUGUUCGCCAUCGUUCUGAACUUGAACUGAAACCAUCAUUGAAUUUUGAAGCUGUUGCAAAUUGUUUAAAUAUAACCGGUAUCAAUGAUUUGCUGAUUAGUGUACAAAUUAAAAAUGUUGUUAAUUCAACAGUUCCUAUAAACUUUCAAAUUAUGCAAAUUGCUUGUAUUAGUCGUUAUUGGAGCAUAAAACCUAUUCAAUCAACUUGUAAUAUUGAUACUGUUCCUAGUAUACAUGUAGGAGAAAUUAUCACCCUUUAUUUCAAAGCUAUUCCAAUCAAAAACAAUUCAGAAAUAGAAGAAAAUCAAAAACAACAAACUGAAAAGAGUAAUGCCACUUUAAAGGAAGGAAAGAAAUUUCUUUCUGUCAUUCAUUUCAAUCAUCAUCAUCAUCAUUAUUGUCAAUCAAAUAAUACUGAUAAUACUGAUAAUAAUCAUUCAGUUGUAUCAGAUAUGAGAAAUAUUAUACAAAAUUCAGAUUUAUCACAAUCAUUAAUCAACAUAUAUAACAAUGAUGACAUGAUGAGGUUAUCGUCAACUCAUUUAGAAUUUUUUUGUCGAUCUGGAAUAAAUUGGCAUCAUCACUCUAAUGAUGAUUCAAUUAAAUCUUCUGACGAUAGUUUAUCCUUGGAUAUUAAUCUCCUUAUAACAUGGAAGGGUUCAACAGAAACUACACUAACUAAUCUUCAACAAUGUAUUUGGGGGCAAAGUCAUGUAGGAAUUAAUCAUCUAAAUUAUCCAGUACGAAUGCCAUAUAACUAUGACAAUAAUUAUAAUACAAUGGAUUUAAAAUCAUUUAAAAGAAAAUUUAAAAAGUAUAAACAUAAAAUAAUAAAUAAGACAAAUUCCACAAAAAUAAUUAAUUUCAAUGAAUUGGAUUUAUCGAAUUUAAUGAGAUUUCAAUUAAAUUAUCCAAAAUUUGUAAAUUAUUAUUUACAAAAUAAUAAUAAUAAUAAUAAUAAUAAUCCUGAUGAUCAUAAUCAAAAUAUAAAUUAUACUACUUAUUCAUUUGAGAAUUUCUUUAAACAUUUUUAUCAUUCAUCAUUUAAUCUUCUUAAUAAUAAUCGAUUAUUAUGUGAACAAUUAAAAAAAUUUUUUGUUCCAAUCUCUGUACAAGCCAAAAUAUACAAUAGUUCAAAAUGGCCUAUUAUUGUUCAAUUAGAUAUGAAUGAUAAGAAUGAAUUUCAACGUGAACCAAUAUCAGAAGAGGUCUUAUCAUCAACACUUGUAACAAAUCAAUCACAACAUAUUAAUCCAUUUCAAGUGUAUAACUCAUCAUCAUUGUCCCAAUUGGAAUCAAUUUCUCGUGAUAUAUCCUUUAUUCCAUCUCUUAUAUGGAUUGGUUUAACUAAACAAGAAUUUCAUCUACAACCAUAUCAAGUUAAAUGUUUAACAUUAAAAGCUUUAGCCCCACAACUUGGAAUUUAUAAUUUAUGCACAUUUAGUAUAAAAGCAGUUCCAUUAUUAUUAUGUAAUUCACAUUCCAAUCUAAAUACAACAAAUAAACCUUUGUUAAUUGAUCAAAAUAUAUUUCCAAUAUUUCUUGUUAAAAAUCAUAAUAUGUUAUCUUUAGUUAUUGUAGAAUAAUUAUUAGAAAGGAAAAACAACAACAGCAACAACAUUAUGUCCAUGUAAUCUAAUCACUGUUUGUCAUGUAAACACAAUCAUUAACAAUGUGCCUAUUCUCAUUCAAUGUAUACAAUAGAUGAUACAAGUAAUAGUUGUUUCUUUUCUUUUUUUAAAACAAUGUUAUCGUGUCAAUAAAGCAUAAUGAUACUUUUAAUUUUACUCGAAUUGAUGUUUAACUGUCUUAUGAUUUGUCUGUCUAUUUGUUUGAUUGUCUACAUUUCAGUUAGUCUUAAGCAUAGAUGCAUCUAGUGUAUACAUUUAAACUAAUGCUCAAAUGCUUCAUAUAUAUAUAUAUAUAUAUUGAUUUUUCGCACUUCUAUAUUCUCACUUGUGAAAUUUUGAUAAAAAUAGAUGAAAGGUUUAAUGAAGUAAAUGAAUGGAAAGUGGAAUAUCUGUACGUUUGUAUUAUAUGUAUCCAUAUGCAAUUAUCUUUAACCUUUUUGUUUUUCUAUUCGUUGUAGUUUUCAUUGUUUGGUUUUUGUUGGUGGUGAUGAACACAUUGACAGUGUAAUCAUAACUCUAAUCAUGUGUGAUGCUACAAAAACUAUUGAUAUUGCUACUAUGUAAUUAAUUUUCCUUAUUAUGUCAUUUACAUUUCCUUCUCUCUAGUUUCUUUUUUUUUAAAUAUUUAUUACUCUUAAUCUGUAAACUUUCAAUGUUGUAUUUGUGCACACUCCUUGUGGUGUGGCUUAUGUUUCGUCGGUGAACUUUCCAAGGUAGUUUCGUUUCUAAUUUUCUUUGUAAUUAUUAAUUUUGGAAUUCUUCCUUGAGAAAAAUAAAUACAUCUUACAAUUAA